GCAUAUGAGACUUCCAACCUCUGUACGCAGCGAGCCAUGGAAGCUCUAUUCUCCCAACUCGCCUUCCUCGCCGACCAAGCCCUGGACGACAAGAACUUCGAUCCCUCAAAGAUCGAACAGCUCCUGUGCCUCUUCGAGCAAGAGACCUACGCGUCGUGGGCUGCCGCCGAGGCCGAGCACCUGAAGGCCGUCGACGACGCGGAGGACGCCAUGAAAGAUGCGGAGAACCAGCUCGAGUCCCUCAUGGAGGCGGCCAUGGCCGACUUCAGUAGGUUCCACGACGCCGCCGACGUGUCGGCCGCGGAGGAGCUGUCGAGCCUCGAGCGAGCCGCGGACGCGACGCGGAAGGUGGGCAAGUCCCUCGGCGCUGCCGCUGCCAUCGCCUCCAAGAGGUACAUGGACGCUGCCAUGGCCUCGGCCAUGGCCGCCAUGAGAGCUGCUUUCGCUUCGUCGAAGGUCCAUCCUUAGGGUCCUACCGUGCAGCUGGAAGCCACUCCGAUGAGGAAUAAAGUUAGAGGUAUGUGUCAUGCUUGUGUCUUGGUGUCAGCAGACGGGAAAACACUGUAAUGUGAUUGGUGUUGCUUUGUGGUUCUCUCUUUGGAUGGCAUCACCAAAAGUCGAAGAUGCUUUCUCGUUGCCGGCUUGCAUUA